UUCUCCAGGUGGACCAUCAGGACACACUCUUAGCCAUGAAGGAUGUCAUGAUCAGCAAUUUAGUGACUCGGCUCCACACCCUGGAACAAACUACGUACGACGGGUGUUUUCUGUGGAAGAUCGCAGAUGUGGGGCUCAGAAUUCAGGAGGCACUAACAACUAACAGGACUGCACUUUACUCCCCCUGUUUUUAUACCAGCCGCUACGGAUACAAACUCCGUCUCAAACUCUUCUUGAAUGGAGAUGGGACGGGCAACAGGACCCACAUCUCACUUUUCCUGGUCUUGAUGAAAGGGGAAUAUGAUUUCCAGCUCAAGUGGCCCUUCCAGCACAAGGUCACCUUCACUCUACUGGACCAAGUCGACAAGCACCACUUCUCCACUUCCUUCCGUCCUUUGCAAUCAUCCUCUUCCUUCCAGCGUCCCGUGAGCGAAAACAACGUGGCCAGCGGCUUUCCAGAGUUCUUCCCGUUGAACUUACUCCACGGUUCAAAAACAACUUAUAUUGUUAACAACACAUUAGCCAUUCAAGCAGUGAUAGACACAAAGGCUUAGACUUCCAGAUGACACUCGCUGUACAGCGCCGGAGAUGGCAGUUGCUCUGACAUAUCGCUGGGAAAAAAAUGAUUCGGUGGCAUCAAAAGACUGUAUUCCUGAAGAUUUCUUCUUGUAGUCGGCACAGCUGCAACUUUUUCCAAGAUCUGUUGCGACGACUUGUUAGAAGACGCCAGAUUUCUUUUUCCUUUAUUUUAAAAUAUAUUUUUGAUUUCAAACUAUAUGUAAACUUGUACAAAGCUGCAUCAACUUACUGAAAUUUUUCAU